GGGUGUUGCUGCUUUUUAGUUUUUCUUUUGACGCAGUUUCGGCAAUGGGAGCGGGCGUCCAUUUUGCGUCGCCAUAUUGAAAUUUGUCGGACAUCUUUGGACGCCAUGUUUAGUCGGACAUAUUUUAUAAACAUUUUCGCGUAAAUUUCAAAUAUUUUUGAACACUAAAUAUUGAACUUUUUUUCACUGAAGUGUGUGCCAUUGUUUGCAGUGAAAAUAGCUGGGAAAAAAUUCGUGCCUACGCAAGAAUCCAUAUUUGACUCCAGGGGGCCGUGCAGCUUUUGUUAUAAUCUAAAUAAAGAUAGGCUCAGGCCUCGAGUUAGGUGAAGAUGAUGAAUCAAGAGAUAAUGUGUGAGGUGGAGAUAGGCUCGCAUGGUGGUAUGGCAGAAAUAGAUGGAGAUGACCAAGUUGGAGUUAAGUAUGAGGAAAUAGAGACAGUGCAGUAUGAAGAGUAUAUAACUGAUGACCAGUACGAGGAAGUGGAGGAGCAAGUGAUUGGUAUGCAGCAUUUGGAGGAAGACUUCACGAUUUCAGUGGGCAGCGAGGAGGUGAUCCUGCCGGGCAUGCCGGGCGACGACCCGCUGCACCCGCCCUACGACCCCGUCUACCAAAUGCCACCAUCCACCAGCAGAAGAGGUCGCGGCAGACCUCGCUUGAACGUCGGUCACACUAACAAUAUACAACACCUUAUGCCUAUUGGAGAAGUCCCCAUGGGCCUUAUGGAAGGCAAUACAGGUCGCGCCGCGCGCAAGUGGGAACAGAAACAGGUCCAGAUCAAAACCAUGGAAGGAGAAUUUUCUGUUACUAUGUGGGCCACAGGAGAGGAUGAUGAUGAUGGAUCAAAUCCAGAACCCGAUCCUGACUAUACAGAAUACAUGACGGGAAAGAAGAAUGUAUUGGGAAAUGACACUAUGGUCUCUAUGCCAGGUUUAGAUCUUUCGGAUCCAAAGCAGUUAGCAGAGUUUGCUCGUCCAGGACACAAAAUUAGGCUAAAGAAACCUUCCCCAGAAUCCUCAGAUAGAACGAUAGCAUGUCCACACAAAGGCUGUACCAAAAUGUUCCGAGACAACUCAGCGAUGAGGAAACACCUUCACACACACGGACCAAGAGUGCAUGUGUGUGCUGAAUGUGGUAAAGCAUUUGUAGAAAGUUCAAAGUUAAAACGGCAUCAGUUGGUUCACACGGGGGAGAAACCAUUCCAGUGCACGUUCGAAGGUUGUGGAAAACGGUUCUCACUGGACUUCAAUCUCAGAACGCAUGUGCGGAUCCACACGGGCGACCGGCCGUACGUGUGUCCGUUCGACGGCUGCAACAAGAAGUUCGCGCAGAGCACCAACCUCAAGUCGCACAUACUCACACACGCCAAAGCCAAAUCAAGAAACUCGCUCUCAAGGAGUACCGGUACCAAUUACGAGUCAGCAAGAACGCACACACCCCAGUACGUCCAGUUGGAGGUGUCACCCGACGACUCCAACCCACAGCUAAUCUUCUACACCCACGAGUGAAACAUGCGUGCGUUGCGCGCGCAUCGCAGACAUGGUUAAACAUGUGACAGUGAAUAAGUGAAAGUGACUUGUACAGUGAAAUAAGUGAAGUGACCGACUUAAAGUGAUGGUGUUUUAAAAU